GGUGUGUCCACGUGAAAGAGCUCCCCUGAUGCCGGGCAGCCAGUCAGAAGAGAGCAUUUGACAUCCCUGCUCAAGGCUUAUCUUUUGAGCCCGCAGAUAGAUUUGGACAUGACAGACAGCCUCGCCAGAAGUGCGGCAUUUAUUUACAUUCCAUUUAUAUACAUCAACAAUCUUUUUCUUUCGUGGCAUUGUUGCGUUGCUUUUGCUGCAUGUUUGUCUUCUUUGACGCUGCAUGCGGCUGGUCGCUGGUAUUUGUAUCUGACUCGAAGAUAUUUUGAGGCGCUGUAGGGACUUUGCCGAGCUUGGAAUGACGUUUCCGUGCAGGGGCAGGGAUACACGAUCCGAUUCAUACUGUACAGCAAACCUGCGAGCUGCGUCAACGACGUACAAGGCGAGCGGUCAGAGGCGGGUUUGGAGGUUUCGAGACCACGAGCAAGCAGCUGACGGACUGACUUACUACGUACCAUACUACCGUCAUUUGUAGCGUUUGACUACCUACACCACCAUUAGCUAUUCCAUUCAGCCGCAUGGCUUUCAAGUCGUGACCCGCAGACCUCGAGCUUCCUUGCUACUAUUUUGUAGCUAGACAGGGCAGCAAUGUCUAGCACAUUGCGUCCAGCCCACAGAGGCAUGGGUCGACAACACUCCAACUUCCAUUCCGGUACAGCCCAGGAUGAAGCAGGGGAGCUGAACAGGAGGUCGUCAAUGGCCAUUGACGAGCCAGAUCCACUUGAGCAACUUGCCAACGGGGCAGGACCAGACGACAACAACCCUUACGAGCCAGCUACGAACGAGUCGACCCCACCUCCUCGUGAACACUCUUUGACAAAGCGGUUGCUACACAUCGCAACCUUCAAUAUUGGGGACAGCUCUGGAGUGCGGAAAAGAGGCAGCAAUGGCCGGAAGAAGUCGACCCCCGAUGGAGAAGACGAAAUGACGCAGAUACAAAAGAACAAUGCUGUGGAGAUGAAGAAAGCAAAUGGAGAGGCAUCUGUUCCGAAAGCUGGCUUGGGACCACGACCUGUCGGAGGAGAUGAGAAGCUGGGCAUGUUCUCUGGAGUCUAUGUGCCAACAUGUUUGAAUGUUCUUAGCAUUCUUAUGUUCUUGCGUUUUGGGUUCAUUCUUGGACAAAGUGGAGUCCUGGGUAUCAUGGGCAUGUUAGUUGCAUCAUAUGCGAUCAAUCUCAUCACCACAUUCUCCCUCUCAGCAAUUGCAUCAAAUGGGACAGUUCGAGGCGGGGGAGCAUACUAUUUAAUCUCAAGAUCUCUUGGGCCCGAGUUCGGUGGAUCGAUUGGAGUUGUGUUCUAUAUGGGAUUCGUCUUCAACACAGGUUUGAAUGCUGUGGGCUUGAUCGACUGCCUCAAGCUGAACUUUGGUUCUACCACUGGAAACUGGGCAAAUAUCAUGCCAGAAACUCCAUGGUAUCUAUACCUCUGGUCAACAGUUGUUCUUGUGGUAUGUACCGCGAUCUGUCUUGCUGGGUCAUCGAUUUUUGCUCGUGCUAGCAAUGGACUUCUGGUUAUUCUUGUCAUUGCUACCCUCAGCAUCCCGCUCUCGGCCCUCAUAGUUGCACCAUUUGAAAGUCGAAAGCUUGGGAUCGACUAUACUGGUCUGAGCGUGGACACCUUUGUUGGAAAUCUCAUGCCUCGUCUUACGAAGGGUGCUGCUGGAAGUCAGCUACACGGUAGAGAGACCUUCCAAGAUCUAUUCGGGAUUCUAUUCCCAGCGACUGGCGGCAUUUUUGCCGGUGCUAGUAUGUCUGGAGAUUUGAAGAACCCUAGCAAGUCUAUUCCCAAGGGAACCCUCUACGGCCUCGGAACAACAUUUGUGCUUUAUACUCUUGUCAUUCUCGCCAUGGCUGCCACAAUAACACGAUCAUCAUUCAUCAGAAAUGCGAAUGUAAUUCAAGAUACCAAUAUAUCUGGUCUUGUAAUCCUAGCCGGAGAAUUUGCGAGUUCGUUCUUCUCUACCCUAAUGGGUGUAAUAGGAUCAGCAAAGCUUUUACAAGCACUUGCUCGAGACAACUUACUUCCAGGGUUCUCCAUUUUUGGGCAAGGUACGAAGAAAGGCGAUGAGCCAACAUAUGCAAUCAUUAUGACUUAUCUCGUGGCUCAAGUCACUAUGCUCUGUGACCUGAAUCAAAUCGCAUCUUUCGUUACUAUGACGUAUCUUAUGACAUUCUUAGUGAUGAACUUGGCAUGCUUUCUCCUCAAGAUAGGCUCAGCACCGAAUUUUCGACCGUCCUUCCACUUCUUCAAUUGGCAAACUGCUCUAACAGGGACAAUUGUCUCAGCUGUUGCAAUGUUCUUCGUAGAUGGACUCUACGCAGCGUCUUGUGUCGGCAUUCUUGUGAUCCUGUUUCUCAUCAUUCACUACACGAGUCCGCCAAAGAGCUGGGGCGAUGUGUCACAAAAUCUCAUCUAUCACCAAGUUCGAAAAUAUCUCCUCCGGCUACGACAAGAGCAUGUCAAGUUCUGGCGUCCCCAAAUCCUACUUUUCGUUAAUGAUCCUCGACGCCAAUACAAGCUCAUACAGUUUUGCAAUUCAAUGAAGAAGGGCUCGCUUUACAUCCUCGGCCAUGUCAUUGUCACAGAUAAUUUCGGCGGAUCUGUUCCUGAAGCUCGGAGACAGCAAGCAGCUUGGACGAAAUAUAUCGACUUCUCAAAGAUCAAGGCAUUUGUUAAUAUUGCUAUUUCUCCUGGAGUUGAGUGGGGGGCUAGAAAUAUCGUCUUGAACUCGGGACUUGGGGGCAUGAGACCAAACAUUGCUGUUCUUGGAUUCUACAACCUCGACGACCUGAGAAGAAAUCGGCCGCUGGUUGAUAUUGAACUGCCUUCCACGCCAGAUAAUCCGAGUCAAUCCGCGGGCGAGAGGGAGAGAAUUGCUCGACAAGACAGCAAGGAUGCAAAGAUGUCUGGCAUAUUACCAACUGACACCUGCAAGACAGAAGCAAUGAUGAGCGUCACGAGCUACGUGACCAUACUUGAGGAUCUACUCCUUCGACUCCAGAUCAAUGUUGCAGUUGCCAAGGGGUUCUCGUCUCUGGAGUUUCCUCAUGUAGAUGGAGACCACAAUAAGAAAUAUAUCGACCUGUGGCCAAUCCAGAUGUCGGCUGAAAUUGCUGGCGAGGGCGACAAUAAGCAAAAUGUGCUGACAACCAAUUUUGAUACCUAUACGCUCAUUCUACAGCUUGGCGUCAUUCUCAACACAGUUCCGGCUUGGAAAAAAGCCUACAAGCUUCGAGUUGCUGUUUUUGUUGAAUAUGAGAGUGACGUCGAGGAAGAACGCGGUAGAGUCAAGUUACUACUCGAGAACCUGCGGAUUGAAGCCGAGGUGCUUGUCUUCUGGCUGGCUUCUGGCAAGCUACCCACCUAUGAAAUCAUUGUCAAUGGUGCCAGUACAGGCAAAGAUGCUGAGGAGGAGGUCGAAGAAUGCCUAAAGGGACAGGAAUGGUGGGAUGAACUCCAAAAGAUUCGUGGAAAGCGUGGCCCAACUUCUGGAGCCGAAGACCUGUCAGAAAUUGCCAGCAUCUACACGGUAGGAACAAACUGGCCAGAGGCUUCAUUCCAACAAGGUCCUCGUGGGGAGCGUGUCGAACGAUUUCUUGGUCUCCGCAGGCUCCUGAAGAAGUCAAAACGAAAGCAUACCAUGAGCGGGCUCACGAAGCUGGGAGUCAGUCUCGGCAUGCGGACACACAGGCUGUCUGACACUGUUAUUCAAGCAAGCAAUGCAAGCGCCAGUGAAGACUCGGAUAGCGGCUCUGACAGCGAUUCUGAUGUCUUGGUAUACAACUCGGAUGAUGAUGGCCUUAACAGUGCUGCGAGCGAAGCUGAUAUGGACGAUUACGAGUCGGACACAAACUCUCCUCCUCCAGAUAGGUCAAAGAUCAAGAGACGUAGAAGCCACGGCGAUACUAUGAGAGGACCUCCACCCUCUAAGAAAUCCACUGGAGAAAGAGAAGUCACAGUCCCGGAACGCAGUCCAAGGAAGACCAUCCCGCCAACAGACAAGGCGAUCGCCUCCGCACCAGAACUUUCCUUCAAGAAAUCCGACCCCGAGCCUUCCCAUAAGAAAACAUCGUCAAUCUCGAAUCUCGCAUCCUCGCUCAAAGUGUCAUCCGACAACGCGGGAAGCAAACCAGCCUCACUCUUGGAGCCAAAGUCGCCAAAUCCCGAAUCAUCAAGCACUCGCCCACCAUCCGUCGCAUCCGAGAGACCACCGCUCUCUCGCCACGCCUCGCAGCCGAAAUUCUCUAGCAAGCCCGUCCCAAUGACCCGCGUCGCGACCGAAGAUGGCCCCGGCCCCUCAUUAAUGUUCACUGAUACGCCCUCACCGCCACCUCAUCGUCGGAACCGCCUCCCAUCAGCCUACAUAGCCAAUCCCGACCGCAUCUCCGAAACUAACGAGUCCGAAGCUCCCCAUCCCUAUCCACAAUCUCACCUCUCUUCCGACAUACAGUCUCGUCGCGGCUCAACAUACUCCACCCAGGGCGUGCCGCUCAGCUUCAACGAUUUGCCGUGUCGUGCCCAACAUUUAAUAUUGAAUGAGUUGAUGCGUAGUAAGAGUAAGCAUACGGCGGUUAUGUUUACGACGCUACCGAGUCCGGUGGAGGGGACGAGCCUGAGUGAGGAGGCUAGUGCGAAUUAUCUGGGGGAUUUGGAAGUCCUGUGUAGAGGAUGCCCACCUGUAUUGAUGGUACACAGCAACAGUAUGACUGUCACGAUGAGUCUGUAAGGUUAGAGCUGUAUUGGGGUAUGGUAUUAGCCUGGAAAGACAAAAGAAUGAUGGAUAUUUAAGAGCGUGGAGUUUGGAUUCAGGCGUUGGCUUGCUGGCGUUCAAAUUGUUAAGAGAGGGAGAGAUAUUGGAGUUACAGAGGAAUACUGCGCUUGGAGAAUAUACCAUGAAGGAAUUUGGAAAUGGCAAUCCGUUUUAAAAAUGUGUUUUAUGAUUGGGAACCGCUGCUACCAGAGUUAACAUCAGAAAGGAAUGGUUCAUGUACACCUCUCUCAGUCUUUCGUACUACAAAGCCCUUUUAGGAACCACCAAAAGUAAUGCUACACCUUAGAACUACACAAUGACAGUCUAAAGUCCAG